AUGAAUUUUGAGGUCGUCAUUGGGCUGGAGGUUCACGCCCAGCUAUCGACUGAAAGCAAGAUGUUCUGCGCGUGCAGCUCAGACUACCAGGAGGCUGAGCCAAACACGGUAGUCUGCCCCGUUUGCAUGGGUAUGCCCGGCGUGUUGCCCGUAAUCAACCGCAGGGCAGUUGAACAUGUGAUUCGCACCGGACUCGCCCUGGGCUGCGAAAUAUCCUCCUACACAAAAUUCGACAGGAAGAACUACCCCUACCCCGAUCUCAUGAAGGGAUACCAGAUAUCCCAGUACGACCUGCCGAUUGCCUCCAACGGCUCGAUGCCCAUUGAGGUCGACGGCGUACGACGCAGCGCUGGAAUAACUCGCGUCCAUCUCGAAGAGGACGUCGCCAAGCUCAUGCACCGGACGGAGGAGUUCGGGGAGGGAUACUCGCUUCUCGACGUUAACAGGGCCGGCGUCCCGCUUAUGGAGGUUGUAGGCGAGCCAGAUCUCAGAAGUCCAGAAGAGGCGCGCGCGUAUCUGGUCCAGCUUCAUUCCAUACUCCACGUUCGCCCCGUGGGCCAGGUCGAGCUCGGCACCAAGGUCGAGAUCAAGAAUAUGAAUAGCUACCGGUCGGUAUUCCGAGCCUUGGAAUACGAGGCCGAGCGCCAGAUCGAAGUGGUAAGGUCGGGGAGGCGGAUCGUCCAGGAGACGCGUGGCUGGGACGAGGAAGAGUCCGUGACCUUCUCCCAACGCAUCAAAGAGGGCGCAUCUGAUUAUCGGUACUUCCCUGAGCCAGAUCUGCCCCCACUCAGGAUUUCGCCGGAAUGGGUAACCGAGGUCCAGGCUUCGAUUCCCGAGCUCCCGCACACGCGAAAGAAUCGAUUUGUGCAUCAACUUGGGCUUCCUGAGUAUGACGCCGGACUUCUCACGGCAUCUCAGUCGACUGCCGACUACUUCGAGGCCGUACUGACUGCCGCACCUAGCGGUCCUGACCUAAGCGGCCAGUUUGCUAAAGCCAUCAGCAACUGGAUGCUAGGGGAGAUGGCGCGCCUCCUGAACCAGUCAGGGCAGCACAUCUCGGAUGUAAGAAUUGAGCCCGCCCAGGUUGCUGAACUGCAGACUAUGGUCGAUGACUCUACACUGAGUUCAACAAUGGCGAAGACGGUGUUCGAGAAGAUGUUCGAAACGGGUCUGCCGCCACGGAAGAUUGCUGAGUUCGAAGGCUUGGUUCAGAUUUCCGACACUGACGCAGUUCAGACCGCAGUUCUGGAAGCGAUUGCAGCUAACCCGGACCCCGUCCAGGACUACCUGGCAGGCAAACAACAGGCGAUGGGCUUCCUCGUGGGCCAGGUGAUGAAGGCGACGCGCGGCAAGGCAAACCCUCGCAUGGCCAGCCAGAUGGUUCGUGAGCACCUGGAAGCGAUGCGCUGA